CGUCUCGCCAUCUGAUUGGCUGGGGAGCCGGUAUUGGCGACACGCGCUUAGUGCCGCUUGUAGCGCCAGCCAUGAGCUUGCUUCUCCGCUGCUAGCGCUUCAUCCAUCACCAGGAAGAGAAACUAAAUUUUCGGAAGUGCGGUGUUCCUGGGAUCAGUUCAGAAAUGCCGUCAGAUCUAGCGAAAAAGAAGGCAGCAAAGAAGAAAGAAGCAGCCAAAGCCCGUCAACAAAAGCCCACCACAAAGAAAGCAGAUGAAGUUGAUGGGGAUGGGGGGAACCCUGAAGUUCAGCAGAAUGGAGCAGCUGAUGUCAAUGGGAUUUCCGGUUUGACAAAGGAGUUGGAUGAGUUUGAGCUGAAGAAAGUGGAGGCACGAGCAGUGACCGGUGUGCUGGCAUCUCAUCCCAACAGCACCGAUGUGCACAUCAACAGUUUGUCUCUCACGUUUCACGGACAGGAGCUGCUCAUGGACACUAGUUUGGAGCUCAACUCUGGUCGUCGCUAUGGUCUUAUCGGGCUCAAUGGAACUGGAAAAUCCAUGCUGUUGUCAGCGAUUGGCCACAGAGAGGUGCCCAUUCCAGACCACAUUGAUAUUUACCACCUUACCCGUGAGAUGGCACCCAGUGAAAAGACUGCCCUGCAGUGUGUGAUGGAGGUCGAUGAGGAGAGGAUUAAGCUGGAGAGAGAGGCUGAGAGACUCGCUCAUGAAGAUUCCGAAUGUGAGAAGCUGAUGGAGCUGUAUGAGCGUUUGGAGGAGCUGGAUGCUGAUAAAGCUCAGAUGAGGGCCUCGCGGAUCCUCAACGGUCUGGGCUUCACGACCACCAUGCAGCAUAAGAAACUCAAAGACUUCAGCGGUGGCUGGAGGAUGCGUGUCGCUCUCGCUCGUGCACUGUUUCUGAAGCCGUUCAUGUUGCUAUUGGAAGAGCCAACUAACCACCUGGACUUGGAUGCUUGUGUGUGGCUGGAGGAGGAACUCAGAGAGUUCAAAAGAAUCCUGGUUUUGAUAUCCCACUCUCAGGACUUCCUCAAUGGCGUUUGUACCAACAUUAUUAACCUGCACCAACGCAAACUGAAAUAUUACACAGGUAAUUAUGACCAAUAUGUUAAAACCAGAGAAGAAUUGGAAGAGAACCAGAUGAAACGGUUUAAUUGGGAGCAGGACCAGAUCACUCAUAUGAAGAACUACAUUGCUCGGUUUGGUCAUGGCUCUGCUAAGCUGGCCAGACAGGCCCAGAGCAAAGAGAAGACUCUACAGAAGAUGGUCGCCUCAGGUCUGACCGAGCGUGUUGUGAAUGACAAAACCCUGUCAUUUUAUUUUCAUCCCUGUGGGAAGAUCCCCCCUCCUGUCAUUAUGGUUCAGAAUGUCAGCUUCAGAUAUUCAGAAGAAACGCCAUUUAUUUAUAAGAACCUGGAAUUUGGAAUUGACUUGGAUACACGGGUGGCCCUUGUGGGGCCCAAUGGGGCUGGGAAGUCUACUUUGCUCAAGCUUCUUACUGGAGAGCUCCUGCCUUCGGAUGGUAUGAUUAGAAAACACUCCCAUGUGAAGAUUGGCAGAUAUCAUCAGCACCUGACAGAGCAAUUGGAGCUUGACCUUUCACCUCUGGAGUACAUGAUGAAGUGUUACCCUGAGAUUAAGGAGAAAGAGGAAAUGAGAAAGAUCAUUGGCCGUUAUGGGCUCACUGGCAAACAGCAGGUGAGCCCCAUUAGGAAUCUGUCUGAUGGGCAGAAGUGCCGAGUCUGCUUUGCCUGGCUGGCCUGGCAAAAUCCGCACAUGCUCUUUCUUGAUGAGCCGACCAAUCACCUUGACAUUGAAACCAUUGACGCUCUGGCUGAGGCCAUCAAUGACUUUGAGGGGGGAAUGAUGCUGGUCAGCCACGACUUUAGGCUUAUUCAGCAGGUGGCUCAGGAGAUCUGGGUUUGUGAAAACCAGACCAUCACUAAGUGGAAACGGGACAUUCUAGCCUACAAGGAACAUCUGAAAUCUAAAAUUGACAAACAGAUGCAUGAUUAAUAUCUGAUAUAGUCUGAUAAAAGGGCAGUUCCAACACCCCCGCUAGGCAGAAUAUCGGUGUACAAGUAAAUACAAGCAUGCUACUUAGACUGCAGUCAAUGCACCACCUUUCAAAGUGUCAUCUUUUACACUUGUCUCAGUUAUCGGGGUUACCAGUGGAGGUAGCGGUCUUGUUUUCAUUAUAUGUUAAUAUGCAUUACAGUAUUUGGACUUAUCUUUGAGGAACCUAUUCAAAUCACGGUUAAGCACUUCAUUUUUUAUUAGAACCCUGUUUUGAGAUAGGGCAUAUGUUGGACAGAGGAUAAAAUAUGAAAGUGAACAUCAAGGACUCUUGAUGAAUUUUAUUUAAUCAAAUAUUGUUUAAAGCUGUAUUUGCAAUGAUGUCUGAUUAAAAGGGUACAUUGACAAGG